AUGCAAAGGCUCUUGCAGCGCUCCUUGCGUGUCUCGACUGGACUACGACGGUCUUCUCAUUGUUUAUCCUCACUGACGCAUGAAGUAACGACUCGCGCGUUCUUCGUAGAUCAUCCUCGUCUACGUAUUGCACUCGUGGGUCGCACAAACGUGGGAAAGAGCACGCUCUUUAAUCGUCUGACCAAGACACGCUCAGCCAUUGUACAUGAUGUUCCAGGGACGACACGUGAUCGACGUUAUGCUCGCUCAAGUAUUGCUGGAUUAGAAUUGGAUGUGAUUGAUACUGGAGGAUUGGAAGAUGCACCUGCUGGGACGUUAGAGGAAGGAAUGCUGGAACAAACGAGACUUGCUGUACAUGAAGCUGAUCUUGUCUUUUUCUUAGUAGAUGGACGACAAGGAAUUACACCCGUGGAUAUGCAUUUUUCUCGUUGGUUACGUCGAGAGAAUGCGAAAGCAUCAAUUCAUGUAGUAGCAAAUAAAUUGGAGGGAGAUCCAGAGCGUUGGGAGAAUGAAUUGAAUGAUUGUUACGAGUUGGGAAUGGGAGGAGCUAUUCCAUUGUCUGCAGAGCAUGGAGAAGGCAUUCCAUUGCUAUUAGAUGAGAUUAUUCCAUUGUACGAGAAAUUUGAAAAGAACAAACAGGAAGAGCAAGCACAAGUACAGAAGAAGGAAGAAGAAGAACAGGAGAAGGAUGAUCCUCGAACGAUCAAGCUUGCUAUUGUUGGUCGCCCCAAUGUGGGCAAGUCUACACUGCUCAACAAGAUUGUGCGCAACGAUCGUGUUCUCACAGGUCCCGAACCUGGAGUGACGCGUGAUUCGGUGGAAGUGCCAUGGACAUUCCACGGACGACCCAUCAAGCUCGUGGAUACGGCAGGUAUUCGACGAUAUAGCAAGCGCGAUCACAACGAUCAGAUUGAGAAUCUGUCAGUGCGCGAUGCGUUUCGUGCUAUCGACUCGGCUCAGGUUGUAGUCGUGGUCGUGGAUAUGAGCGAGCCCAAACUCAUUCAUAUGGACCUGACCAUCGCUCAACGCGUGAUCGAAGAAGGCCGUGCGCUGGUGCUUGCAGCCAAUAAGAGCGAUCUUGCAGGUGCUCGCACUGAGUUUGAGAUGCAGCGUAUUCAGAACGAGUUGCAGGAUUCGCUUGCACAGGUGCGAGGCGUGCCUGUGGUUCCUAUCUCGGCGCUCACGGGCAAUGGCAUCAAAAAUCUAGUGCCGGCAGUACUGAAGGCGUAUGAAAAGUGGGAUCUUCGUAUUACCACUGGCCGCUUGAACCGAUGGCUUAAGGCGAUGUCACGGCAUCACCCGCCUCCAACGAUCAAAGGCAAGACGUUGAACGUCAAGUACGCGACACAAGUCAAGUCUCGCCCGCCCACAUUUGCAGUAUUCGUGAGCAAUCCAUCUGACAUGCCCGAGGCAUACCAGCGGUUUCUACUGAGCCAACUGCGCGAGGAGUUUGACAUGGUGGGUGUGCCUGCUCGUCUACUACUGCGUGGAAACAAGGAGAACCCGUUUGAGAAGCGCAAGAAAUUUCAGCAGCGCACCAGCAGUGUAUUGUAUGGCAAACAGCGUCAAGCGCACAAGUCUGUGGAUGAGUCGACAUUGGCUACUGCUUCGCCCGUGCUAAAAGAUGGUAAGAAGUCUUUGUCUCUGACUAGAAAGCAGAAGACUGGACACUUUAUUCCACGUCGUUUCAAGGGGAAGAAGUAA